CACAUCUGGAGGUUUGGUAUGUUUUUGAUAGUUUUCUCAAGUGGUGCAAGCUGGGAGGCAAACCCUAGCCGCUCAUCUAGGUCAGGACACAAGCUGUGAUCUGGACUCUACUAACUUUCCCCUCUUUCUACUGUUUAUUUAAUCAGAAUUUCAACUUAAUCAAAGAAUAUGAUGUCAGGUUGGUGCCAUUGCAGAGCUGAAGGGUUUUUGGCAUGUCAAUAUGUUCGCAGCUCAUUAGGGCACCUGCCGGGCACUCAUAACAGCCUCUAGGUAUCAGUUUACAGGCUGAAUCAACACCAGAUUGUUCAGGCCGGCAAACUGACCCAAAAUUGCAGGUCCCAUCAGCAGGAAUAAUCCACCAGGCAAGAAUAUGCAGCUAGUUGUCAAGGAGUGUGGGAAUAUCCUAUCAUCUUGGGCAAAUACAGCAGUACAGGAGGUCUACACAUGCCAUCUAACCUGAACCGAUUCUGGACAAUGGACUUAGGAUUUUAAUUCAGAAAGUAUUAGGACAAUAAUGAACCUUAGGAGCUGGUUCUUGAACAUUAGGACAAUAAUGUACUUGAACACAACCAUAGGUGUGGUUUCUUCUGAAACUUCUGCUGCAUAGAGAGUCAUGGAGGUGGACGAAUUGGCAACAACACCUGAGGGUUUCAUGCCUGAGGUCUACCGAUCUAAUCAUGUAAAGCCGUCAACACAUCCAAGUUGAUUGCCCUUAUACACAGUCAUAUAAGUCUACCAUAUGGGUCGUUUCUGUAAGCCUCCUAUUUGAUCCAGACCUCAAGGUUAUUUCAAUCAUUUCAAUAAGCAGUUCACUGUAUUUAAUCUUUGCUAUAUAUCGUUUUGUGAAAUAAACUUCAGUUUGGAAUCCGGAUAAUAAUAUUCAUACAACUGUGCAGCCUGGUGUUGAAUUGUUUGUCUGAGGUCUGAUGAUUAUUUGUGAAUGCAGAGCUAAAUCUGGGUUGGUCAAAUUCAUUAACCCUAGGGAUAUUGAGGAAUCAGUAUAUAAAAAUCAACAACAGAUCAUAUAUCUAGAAAUUCUCUAUUUUUUCAGGGCAGCAAACUGACCCAAAAUUGCAGACCCCAUCAGCAGGAAUAAUUCACCAGGCAAGAAUCUGCAGCUAGUUGUCAAGGAGUGUGGGAAUAUUCUAUUAUUUUGGGCAAAUACAGCAGUCCGGGAGGUCUACAUUACAUGCCAUUUAACCUGAACCGGUUCUGGACAAUGGACUUAGGAUUUUAGUUCAGAAAGUAUUAGGACAAUUAUGAACCUUUGGAGCUGGUACUUGAACACAACCAUAGGUGUGGCUUCUUCUGAAACUUCUGCUGCAUAGGGAGUCAUAGAGGUGGACAAAUGGGCAACAACACAUGAGGGUUUCAUGCCUGAGGACUACUGAUCUAUCCAUGUAAAGACGUCAACACAUCCAAGUUGAUCGCCCUCAUACAGAGUCAUAAAAGUCUCCCAUAUGGGUCGUUGCUGUAAACCUCCUAUUUGAUCCAGACCUCAAGGUUAUUUCAAUCAUUUGAACAAGCAGUUCACUGUAUUUAAUCUUUGCUAUGCAGCCUGGUUUUGAAUUGUUUGUCUGAGGUCUGAUGAUUAUUUGUGAAUACUGAACUAAAUCUGGUUUGGUCAAAUUCAUUAACCCCAGGGAUAUUGAGGAAUCAGUAUACUAAAAUUAACGACAGAUCAUACAUCUAGAAAUUCUCUAUUUUUUCAGGGCAGCAAACACCUGGGAGUUUCAUGCCUGAGGACUACUGAUCUAUUCAUGUAAAGAUGUCAACACGUCCAAGUUGAUCGCCCUCACACACAGUCAUAAAAGUCUCUCAUAUGGGUCGUUGCUGUAAACCUACUAUUUGAUCCAGACCUCAAGGUUAUUUCAAUCAUUUGAACAAGCAGUUCACUGAAUUUAAUCUUUGCUAUAUAUCAUUUUGUGAAAUAAACUUCAGUUUGGAUAAUAAUAUUCAUACAACUGUACAGCCUGGUUUUGAAUUGUUUGUCUGAGGUCUGAUGACUAUUUAUGAAUACUGAACUAAAUCUGGUUUGGUCAAAUUCAUGAACCCUAGGGAUAUUGAGGAAUCAGUAUACUAAAAUUAACAACAGAUCAUAUAUCUGGAAAUUCUCUAUUUUUUCUCAGUAUAAUUGCUGGUUAACCAGAAAUCCUAGUUCCUAGAGAAGAGGACAUAGCAGUGGUAUCAGAGCCAUCUUUCCUGUCAGCCUGUGGGGUUGUGUGUGAUGUACCUUCAUGCAAAAAAGUGACUAGGAAAUUGGGUACCGGCGAAGGGAAAAGAAAAAGAAGAAGCCAUGGGUGAUAGAAAUGAGGAAAUCAAUCUCCAGGAAUCAUGAGUAAUCGGGGUAAAGAGGCAAACUUUCAGUCCUCCAUGAGAGAGUCCAUGGCUGAAAUAGUUUGGAUCUUGAGGGAAAUGAAUCAUCUAUCGGAAAUAUGGAAGAAGGGAGCAAUUCAACCAAUGACAGGGUCUUGAUCAACCUUUCCACAAAGACAUACCAGGCCAAAUUUUUGCAAAAGGAAGAAGGUCUAAUUGAGGAGGAGCAACAAUAACCACUUAGCCCAAAAGAUGAAAUGGCAAGGUAUCAUGAAGAGUAUAAUGCUUUGAAUCAAGCAAUUCAUAGUGAUUUAUCCUUUGAUGAGUUCUAUGAAUUAAAGAUGAACAGGAGCCCAAGAAGAGGAAGAAGAAGAGAGUUGGUGAAGAAAGAGAGAAGGUUAGAAUCAAAAUGAAAAGAAGUUGCUAAGAGGGAGAUUCAUGAGCAUGAGUCCAAGAACUCUAAAGAAUAGUAAUAAAUAGAGUGACAGAUUGAUGAAGUUAAGGUGGAAAAAGCAUUGCUUUUUGAGCACGAAGAGGCCAAGAUAAAAACAUGCACUCCAAUCCACAAACUACCAAUUGAUCUACAAGAAGAGGGAAACUAAAAUGGAUUGUAAUUGUCCUGAUGAAAAUGCAUCGAUGAUGGAGGAAUCUCAAACCACAGAAGUCAUUCUAGUGCGCCAUGGAGAGACAACAUGGAAUUUUGGUGGGAUACUUCAGGGGCAGUUAGAGUCAGAAUUGGAUGAGCUUGGAUGGAGACAGGCAAAAGCAGUUGCUGAGAGAUUAGCCAAAGAACCAAAGAUCUCAGCACUUCAUUCCUCUGAUUUGAAACGUGCAUUGGACACUGCAACAACCAUAGCUGAGAAAUGUAGUUUACAGGUAAUUAAAAAUUCAGCAUGGAGAGAGAGACAUUUGGGAAAGCUUCAAGGUCUGUCUAGGCGUGAAGCACCAGUUUUGGAGCCAACAGCUUUUCAGGCUUUUACUUCACAUGAGGAGGAUCAAACAAUUCCUGGUGGAGGAGAGAGCUUAAACGAAUUCUAUGAUCGUACAACAUCUGCUUUGGAGGAAAUUGGCAAAAACCAUAGAGGUGAAAGAGUGGUGGUUGUUACUCAUGGAGGUGUCAUCCGAAUGUUAUUGAAUUUUGCAGCAGGAAAAUCUACUCCUGGAAUAAUUUCCAAUGCAUCAAUUAAUGUCAUCCGUAAACAUGAGAAUGGCGCUUGGUUUGUGCAUUCCUGGGGAGACAAAACACACUUGAACGGAGUGGGUGUUCUAAACUCUGGAUUUGGGGGUGAUAGGGAGUCCGGAUAAUUUUGAUGUGCUUAGCCUACAGAUAUUAUUUGUUAGUUUGUUUCCCAAGUGCUAUGUGGGAUACACAUUCUAUAUUCUAGAGUUACGAUAGGAUGAAUAAUUUAAUGGCUAACAGUGUGAUGCAUCUUCCUUUCAGAGUUUUGGUGAAUCAUUGUCCAUACUGAUUGGUUUCCCAUGUUAGCUACACAUGGGAAAAUAUGGUUAUUUUCUACCCAUUAAACAUGUAUAAUUAUGAUGCCUUGUGUGGAUAUGUUCAACUACGCAUUUAGGGUGUUGAUCAACAACUGUUGAUUGCUCUGGGUGGUAUCGGAUGCAACAAUUUAGAUGCCAUUUCACAUGCAGUUAAUCUUUUAUCAUGAAAACAUUCAUACUAAUAUGAAAAGCGUAUUUUGAAACAUAAUACAAUCAACGCAUUGAAAGAAAACUGUGUUACUUUAAAAACUCUGAGUGCACAGUAUUACCAUUUAUCACUGUUUUGUGGAAGCUUAUUAUCAUUUUAUCACUGAUAAUGCAAAAAACAUGAAUAUGAAUUUUGAUUUAUUAUCGUA